ACGUGUUUGCGUUUAUUGUGAUAUUGUAUAUAUGUUUUCAUACUUUUUUAAAUAACAAUCUCGUACUUUAUUAGUGGGCAAUGCAACAAAAUUAAAUACCGAUUGUUGCAAAGAAAUAUCAAUAUUUAACGUGUCAUAUUGAAGUGUACUCGUUAUUGAAGAUACACAAGUGGUUUAUAUAUUCGAACGAGGAAUUCUUCGUUGUUUUGUGAGAAAUGAAUACCCCUACGACUAGAGACUUUCCACGUAGACGCGAUGGAACACGUAGAAGAUCUAUACGACAAGCUUUAGCCGUAAUUCCUAUCAACAAUUCGACGUCUUCCCCUGGGGAAGCUAUUUCUACCGAAGUGAAUGCAAUGGAUAAUUUUUUAAACAGUAGACAUGGUUCUGACUCCUGGAGUCCUGCGCCCAGUCCCGAUGAGCUAGUAAUACAAAAGCGUGGACGUCGUCAUAGGACCAUAGUAUGGUCCCCUGAUCUUGAUGCAUGCAAAAGAAAUAGUCUUUUCAGCAUAAGCGCCAGAGAUCGUACUCCGGUAAAAAGUCCAACAAAAACUUCAAUGGUGUUAAGGAGUACACCUAGGAAAAGGCUUGCUCUUGACAAUGAUAAUGUGUCUCAAUAUACAACACCAGAAAGAAAGAAAAAGUCACAAAUCCUAUUGGAUGACAAUGAUUCGCAAACACAUUUUACUGGCAAUUUAGUAAACGGUUUGCGAGGUCUGAGUCAUGAACAAUUGGUGCAGAUGAUUACAGAUAUGGUGUCUAUGCAGGAGGAUGGUACUCUAGCCGAGCGUGAAAAGUUACGCAAUGUCCUUUUGAGAAAAAUGCCAAUAGCUGAUAUACAACCAUUAAUUGAUAUCUUAAACAAUUUAAUACAAAACAUUUACGCUAGUAUGGUGUCUCCUAAUUUGGACGAUUCAACAAACAAAUGUGCAUAUAUUCAUUUAGAUGCUUACCAGAAAACUAUUAUAGAUCAGGGAAAGAGACUAGUAGAAUCUCAGCACUGGACGUCGGUGAUGCAUUAUGUGUAUGCAGCGUGGAAUAUUACAAAGCAGUUAUUUAAGUGCGAAGAUCAAAAUCUUCGUAAUUUAGCGCGUAAAUGUUUUAAAAAUUUGACGCACUUUUGUUCUCAAGCUUUAAAAAGAGGAGACUUCUCAGCUCCAGUCUUAAAUAUGUUUGCUGACAGGCUUGAUGCUAUGGUCGACGAUUAUGAAGACAUAAAAGUUUGUCUGCAGUUCAUAAACGAAGUGAAAACCAACGAAAUUUAAGUACGUUUUAUCUGCAAAUAACAACGAAACUUAAAUACCUUUUUACAUCGUUAAUAUUAAACAAAGAUGCCAUGCGUAUUACAAGUGUUAACAUAUGUUUACAUACAUAUAUAUUUUUAAUAUAUACAGAUAUUUUAAUAUCGAUACUCGUCGUAUAA